AUGUUCUCGAUGGAAAGGUCUAAGGUAGCUCGUGUUGGUAGAAAGAAUCAGGUUUAUUCAAAAAUAACAGGUGCAAGAAUAGUGGCUGGUUGUGUUUGUUUAAACGAGGAAAGAAACAAGGUGUUGAUGAUAACCUCUUCCGCAAGCAAAGAAAAAUGGAUCUUGCCAAAAGGUGGUGUGGAAUCUGAUGAACCAAAUUACGAAACAGCUGCACAAAGAGAAACUUGGGAAGAAGCCGGUUGUGCAGGGACUAUUGUUAAAUCGCUUGGUGUGGUGGAAGACAUGCGUCCACCUAAAGAAUGGAAUAUGAAUUACAAAGGUAACACAGAAAAUGGUGAUACUAUCAUUAAACAUCCACCAAGAUCAGAAUUCCAUUUCUAUGAAUUGAAAGUGAGUCAGUUGUUUGAUGAAUACCCUGAAUGCAACAAAAGGAAACGUAGAUAUUUUUUAUAUGAGGAUGCUAAAAGAGAAUUGAUAAAAGCCAAGAGACCGGAACUUCUUGAAGCUUUAAACAGAUCUAGUAUUAAAAGAUAG